AUGCACCUGCUUAGUGAGCAGAUCCACGCCAAGACAGAGGAGUUAAAGGCGGUGGAGGAUCAGCAAAAGGACGGCCAACAUAACCAUGCGGGCCCAAACGGCUCCCGCAGCCCGCCAGAGAAUGUGAACCAGAGGCGGGAGGCACUUGACCCUCCGAGCCCGACAGGCUUGGGUUUGCUGCCGCCCACACCCGAGCGACCCCGCCCUGAGCCUCACGAAACCGGAGAUCUUGGGCAGACCCUGUAUUCGGACACCCUGGCGAGGCUAGCACAGUCCCACGCGGAGCUGAAGAGUCGCAUCAUCUCUUUGGAGUCAGAGAAUAAGCGGUUGCAAGAAGAAGCGAAUCUCCGGUCCAUGGAAGAGCGGAAUCGCUUACUGCAGGUCCACUCCAUUCUCAAAGGAGAGGAUGGCGGACAUGGCAGCCUUGACCUUUCGGCUCCGCGCCUCCGACCCAAAACUAAACCGUUUGUGCCAACGCGGCCCAAGCCCAAGCCGCAGCCCCGUGCUGUGACCCCUCCCCCACCUCCCGCGCAACGUAUGCCGCAUUGGCGGAGUGCUGAGAGCAGGCCAGCCUGGCAGAGGAGUGAGAGGAGCGAGUCUCCGAGAUCGAGACCGUCGAGACCUGCAACCUCUGCAACUUUUCAGGGCCGCUCUGCACAAGCCGACGCGAGCCAUGCGAGCCGAUCUCCGCAAGAGCGGAGCUUAGGCAGGACCACUCCGCCUAAGCCGAAGAUGGGCCGCAGCACGCCGCCGCCACCAAGAGCUCCGGUGGCAAGAUCUGGAGCCGACAGCGUUUCCGCGCGUGGCACGCCUCCUGUGCCGAGCUGCUUCCAAGCAAGCGCGCGAGGUCAGUCCACUUUGACAAGCUCGAUGAGCGCAAGGCCCGAGCGCUCGGGCAGCGCCUCACCACCACGAGGUGGAGCACGGCGCGCGUCGACGCCGCCCGCGCCCAGUUCCAGGCCGAACUCACCUCGGAACUUCAAUGAGAAGGAGCUGCCCCUACACUGGCGGCAAAUGGUUGGAGAUGCCUAUUGCCAGGAGACGGGACGCCCUUUCGUAGAUCGCAUCACCCUGCUCGAUUUCACCAGCGCGUCGAGCAAGAAGCCGGACCCCGUGUUCUGGGUCAACGUCAGGCUGCGCUGGGCGGACCUUAAGAUUACAGAGAUCGGCCGAGUCCCAAAGCGCGGUGAGGCCCUUGCGCUUUUCGUCCUGCAGGGCACACCAACUGGAGAGAGGAAGGAGUGGCAGAGCAACGGCCGCCGCAGCGUCGCUUCCAGGCCCGCCUCGCCUAGGCGAACGCCUUUGCCGACAUGGCACGUGGCAUCAAUGCGGGUGCUGAGGAACCUUCCUUUCAAUGAGAAGAAUAGCAUGGCUUUAGUGGCGCACGCGGGUGGCGGUUUGCUCCGCAUGGCGUUGGGCUUCACUCCGUUGAGCUUCACUCCUUCUCCAGCCAGGCGCUACCACCACGUGGUGCGCCCCCCCAGCUGGUCCACCCCUAUGACGCCGAGCUCUUCCAACCCGAACUUCAUAAGCCAGUCAAGCAUCUAG